AUGAGGCUGCCUAAUCUGACACUGCUCGUAUGGGCAGCCACAUCCGUCGGCUUGGUGUCGGCUCUUCCACAAGUCUCUUACAAAGCUGACGCCACCGCCUCUGCUCCCACAGUCAAACUCCACCAAGGUACUGUGCGCGGCUUGGCCGACGACAAUUAUGGCCUGGAACAAUUCUUUGGCAUUCCCUAUGCCAAGCCACCCGUCGGCUCGCUCCGAUUUGCCAAGCCACAGCCUCUCGGCCCAGCCUCGUCCCACAAAACGGUCAUCGACGCUACUCGAUUCGGCGACAUCUGUAUGCAGACUGUUGCACCCUCGCCUCUCUAUAACAUGAGCGAAGACUGUCUCAAUCUCAAUGUCGUUCGUCCCAAAGGAACAACGGCCAAGGACAAGCUUCCGGUGCUGGUUUGGAUCUAUGGUGGGGCGUUCAGGCAAGGCUCAACGCCCAUUUACAACGCCAGCGAAUUGGUGCAGAAGAGCGUCGAGAUUGGCAAGCCGAUUGUAUUUGUUGCGAUCAGCUAUCGAGUGGGUCCAUUCGGCUUCAUCGGUGGAUCCGAGAUUGCUGACAGUGACUCGGCUACCAGCAACGCAGGGCUGUAUGAUCAGAGAUUGGGACUCAAGUGGAUUCGCCACAACAUUGGCAAGUUUGGAGGUGACAAGAACAGGGUCACUCUGUUCGGUCAGAGUGCGGGCGCGAUGAGCAUUGCUCUGCAGAACUUUGCCUAUGAUGGUAACAACCACGGGCUUUGGCAUGCCGCGAUCAUGAACUCGGGCGGAAUUGCUCCGGGUCCACUGUUAACGCCCAAACACCCUACGGUGGAACAGAGCUUCAAGAGGCUGGCCAAUGGCGUUGGAUGUACAGGAGGAUCACUGCUCCGGUGUCUGCGUAAAGCAAACGCGAGUGAGGUUCAGACCGUGGCCAGUAAUCUGACUGCUCAAGCCGGCGGAACAUUUCCCAUUCCUGGAGCGCUUGCGUGGUUGCCACUGGUCGACUACGAGCUCAUCACCAACUAUCCCAGUGUCAACCUUCCGCAAGGUAAACUGGCCGACAUCCCGGUGAUCCAAGGAAACGCUCUGGACGAAGGAACAUCUUUUGCCCAGAAACAGCUCAACAGCAGCGCCGAUUUCGAACGGUGGGUCAGAAGCGCUGCUGUCAUCCACAACACUUCGUACACCGAGCAAGCGCUUCAAAAGGUCUUUGAACUCUACCCAGAUGUUCCUGAGCAGGGCUCGCCAUUCUACAAUGCGGAGACGGCCACUUCUGCUGCUACCACGUCGGACCUCAAUUCGCGCCAGUAUCCACCUUUGACCAGCAAUCAGUACAAGCGUUCAGCGGCGUUCUUUGGCGACUUCACUUUCCAGGCGCAGCGACGAACUUAUCUCAAGGCGGCAACCUUGGGCUGGAAGAAGAACAAGGCCAAAGUAUGGUCCUACGAGUUCCAGCAGAACGACAAGUUUGCUAAUGGGACUGGAUCGCCGUUGGGCCCAUACCAUGGUGCUGAUGUCAAGUACUAUUUUAUUCGACCUGAUGGAAGGCAGAAGGACCCCGUCUUGGCCGAUAGAAUGCCUAGGGCGUAUAUCAGUUUCGUGUAUCACCAUGAUCCCACGGUGCUCGGUGGUUUCGAAUGGCCGCCCUACGGAAAAGGCAAGAAGCUGCUGCAGAUGAAAGGUGACAACACGACAGUGAUCGAGGAUGCCUAUAGGAAGGAGGCGAUGGAUGCGCUGACCAACAGGAAAGCUGCCAAGGUGUUUGGCUUCUAA